AUGCAAAAGCCAUACAAUUCGGUAGAGACAGUGCCAGAGAGCAAAUACAACAAUGUAGAUCAAAAUACCAAAAGUAGUCUGCGAAAUAACGAAGACAAGGUUAAUUUCAAACGUACGCAGACGACUGAUCCAGACCCACCUCCGCAGACUCCAACGCAGUCAACUUCUGGAAAAAAACAAAAACAAGGAAAGCAGAAACCAGCCGCUCAAACUACUUCGAGCACUUCGAUAUCGCAAAAGCCUGACAACGCGGUGAGAAGAUGUUUUCGAUGGUGCACGCAGUGUUGCAGAAAACGGGACCGUAAACGAGUCGAAGAAGUAUCGUCGAAAUUAUGGGAAAGUCUAAAGGCACAACGUGAGAAAUGCAGAAGUAAGAAACGACGAAAAGGAGUUCCCAGCGAGCAGAGUAGUGCUUCGACUGCCGAAUAUUCAGGUUCCCGAGAAAUUAGGGGAAAGAAAAGCAAACGAGAUAGUGAUAAGGCCGCCAAAUUCGACGAUUCGAGACGAUCGAGGAAAAAGAGAAAAAAACAUGCUUCAGAGGCGUCUGUGGUCGACACACCCACGAUUAAUGAUGAAAAAUUGGUCGCAAGCCAUGCACUGGGAAAGGAUUUCGAUUUCACGAAAAGUUGUUGCUAUCUGUGUGCCGCGAACGCUAUGGCGCUUGCAGCGGCCAUGUCGGGCAAAGUGGACAAAUUCAACAUGUCCAUCCAGGCUUCUAUUCACUUCGAAGAAAAAGCCACGUCUGUUAAAAACGACGGACUACCGAUGCGCGUUAGGACGGUGCAAUCGUCUGUCAAAGUGAAGACACGUGACAUGAGCACGCUCUACCCGGAAGAGAAAAAGCCCAAAAAACCGAAAGCAAAAUUGAAACUUAAGAAUCUGAAUAUAUUUCCGAAAGCGAAAGUUCCCAAACAACCGAAAGUGCGGCACGUUGCUUGUGGGACCGAUAAAACAAUGAGAAGCAACAAUGUUACACCGCAAUGUAGAGCAGGGCGAGGGACUCACUGCAUGAGGGGAGAUAAGUGAUUAUUUAUAACAGUCGGUCAAAGU